CCACUCGUGCUAUGUGUUGCGCUGCACGGGCGUACACCAGGACUAGUCUACGGUGAAUACUCGAUGAUAGCUGACCAGUGGCAACGGCUGUCAACGCACGACGUUAGUUUGACGCUUAAAAAGCGCAUCAACCAAACCGGUAUUGAUAUUUUCAAUGGCCCACAGUUUUGGGGCAAAUUGGUGAAAAAAAUGGAAAAUUAAAUUUUCGAAAUUUACUCAAAAGCGAUUUUCAAAAGUGACUUAGUGCGGUUUGUGCUUGUGUAUGGUGGCUUACGAACGACAAAAUUGUCUGAAGCACCUCAAAUUUCGGUAGAAAACCCUGUGCACGUGCAAAUAAAUUCGCAGUACAGUGGUGUGCUCAAUCGUGAGUGUGUGUGUUGGUUUGCGGCGUAUAAAGUUUGUGGCACAUACAGCGCUAUAAUACCACAUUGCUAUAAUUCUGCGUGUCAGUGCGUUAACGUUGUGCGACGCGGCUUUAAAACGUUCUUACUUUAUUUUUUCCGUUUCUUCCUUUACCUACAACCUACGCUCUGCCACAAAUGGUAAACGUGUGCGGUAUUCGUGCGUUUCGUGCGUGUUACGUUGUUUGCUUUUGUUUUUGUAGCGCUAUCUGUUAGUAUUAAAACGUCAAGACCUGUGGCAGCUGGCAAGCAGGCAGUGCGACUUGAAAAGGAAACAAAAAAAGCAUAAACCCUAAAAGUAUGCUAUGAAAAUAUGAACACUGUUAUUGCGAAAAACAAGAAGCGCGUUUUUAAAAAAGUAUAAUAAACAAGAAAAAAAACAACAACAAUUACAGCUUGACACCUUUUUGCGCACACAUAAAUCAAAUAGUGCAUCCGCUUGCGUGUCACGCGUGGCACGCUUACCAAAGCAACCUUUUGCACAAUUCUACACAGUGCAGCGCGAAAAAAGUGCAGUUGUACAAUUCGCAUUCGCAUUCACAAUCACAAUCGCAUAUUCGUGCUGCCGUUCCGGUUGUUGCAACACAAACAAAGCAAGUUCGCAUUUAUUAUUCAUAAAGUCAAAUACUUGUGUGCAAAACAACAGCAACAACACGCAGCGCGGUGUAACGGCGUGUAAAGCAGCGAGCAGCAGCUAUAUGAAUGUCUAAAACAAAUAAACACAGCAAAUAAAAACAAAUAAAAAACGCACUUGAGUGCGAGUUUUGAGUGUCACGCCUGCGAGCACAUUUCGUUGCAUACUUUUCAGCGUCCGGUGGGCUUUGUUGCCAUAUACAUACCUAUACCCAUACUCACAUGCAAGUGUAGCAUUGUGUAGGGAAACGCAGCGCGUUGUUAACCUAAAUAUGCACGCCGAGCAAAAGGCGCAAAAAAUCGCUAGCAUGAAAAGGAAAUAAUGGCAGAAAGUCAAAAAGCUGUGCCACAUAAAGUGUCAUUGCCAUUUGUGUUGUUGUGCGGCGCAUAAGAAAGUUGUGUAAUAGUAAUUAAUAUAAAUGCAAAUGCCAUAAAUCACAGUGUGCUAAAAAACUGCUAGAAGCUGGCAAAAUUUUCCUUACAAAUGUGUGCUGUUUGAUUUGGAAAGCGUACGCUUGUGUUGCAUAUAACAUAGCACAGCAUAGCAUACCGUACAACAUAAUAAAAAAUACAUAAAUUGUUAUCUGUGUCAACGGAAGUGUGCGCAGUUUAAUUUUAAUAUUUACUGCAUAAUAAAUCAGCGCAUUACACUUUGGUUGUGUUCAAAUAUGAAUUAACAAAGAAAUAGUUUAUCAGUGUUACACAAACUACAAAAAAAGCUCAAAAUUCUAGCAACAACUGUGAAUCAAUGGACUUUGUACGAAAUUCAAGCACCAGCAAAAAGAGAUAUCAGAAAAGCAGAUUAUUGUGGAUUUUUGGUGACAGUGUAAGCAACUACUAAAUAAAGUAAUCAGCACCGGCUAGAGGCAAACAAAAACAGCACAAUCAUUUUGAAAUCGCCAAAAGAAGCAAAACAUUGCAUACGCGUAUGGUUGGCAACACCAAAAGUCAUAUCGAGUUACUAAGAAAUCGCAUAACAAUUGCAACUGAUUAUUUGGAAUGCGAAAAUAAAUUGUUGCAUGCAUAUCCACGAAUGUGACGGCAAAAAACGCACAACCGAUGCGGAAUUUGGAAAAAACACGCAUAGAUAUGUAUGUAUGUGUGUGCGAAAUUGCAUAACAAACUCAUUUAUCAAAUCAGGAGGAUAGUGCGAGCACAUAAAAAACACGCAAACUGAACAAGAAAUACAAAUAAGAUUACAAGCCGAGGCGAAGAUUCAAUACAAUGCAAAUAAAAACCAACUAAAGUACUUGUGCUCGCUACAAAUGAUAUUAAUGCCACAAAGCAGCAAGUGAGCGGGUGAGCGGAGCGGAACGGGCGCAUAAUAAACGAGCAAAUUGGGAGAUGGCAGAAAAACGCAAGGGCAAGGCAAGCAGCUGAAGCAGUGCUUCGUUUGGAGCAGGAAAGCAAGCAAGCACACAUAAGAAAUUGCGAGCAUAGCGAUUUUCACAUGAAAAAUGAUGUUUAUAUGAAAUUAUGGUGAAAAACAUGAAAUUCGAGUUAUUGCAUACGAGCAAAAGCGCCACAUUCAAUGCAAUAACAACACAUUAUUAGGUCAAAUAAAAGGAAAAAGGAAGCAGAAAGAGCACUGGAAAGCAGAAGCGCUAACAAAGCAACAGAUAUGGUUGCAGAAGUGAAGGAGGAGAAGUGAAAAGCGCGCGAUGACAAGAAAGACGCUAUGAAAAAAUGCUAAUGUAAUAAGUGUAACAUAGUGAAAAGAGGCGAGGAGAGCACAACAGCAAUAAGCAAAGUAACGACAGGACCAAAAAAGCUUGGCGACAUACAGACAUUACUGCCAAAACGAGAGCACUGGCCACAAAAAGCAUAAGACCACCCUACUAAGAAAGGAGAAGGGCUCGAAGCUCGAAGAGCGUGCAGAAAGUGAAAAGGCAAAUCUGUGACUACGAGCAGAAGACAUCAUUGUCACGACAAGCAAUACGAAUACAAAUACCGUAUAGGAGGCGUGACAGGAGAAGGCUACACACGGGCCACAUAAGAACAACAACAGUUCUGUAUAAUUUAUCAAAGCGACAGUGUAUUUCUUGCAUAAAGCAUAAGAAAACACAUAAACACAUAACUACAAACAUAUAUAUAAAUUAUAGAAAGCACCGUUAUAACGGCGCGGCAAUGCAAAAUUUAUGCGUCACACUUAUCGGCCAUGCUUCUUGCGACGACUUCAGUUCAAAAACACAUUAACCCUAAUGAGUGAGCGUAUCAGCGUACAAGGCGAGACCAAACUAUCACAACAACAAGAAGUGUGAAAACUUACGGCAUUACACGCGCUUAUCAGCGGGUGUCUACUUGGCUGCCUUGGUGUGUGGGCGCCAUCGACGUGCUGGUAGUUGGUGCUGGUGUCGUUGCAGCGCCAACGUUUCAUCGCGUAUUUUACAAACACAAAUGUCACCGAUAUUAAUGCCAAUGCACAUGCUGGAAAUUCGGAUAAUACUACUUUGCCUGCCAUCGAUACUACUGGCGACGACGCUGGAGCCAGAACAAAAAUCAAUACUCACCGAUAGCGACUGGAAGAAGCUAUGGAUGCGAGGCGGUAUAAAUCCCGAUUCAAAAUUGGAUAACAAUCUCGACACAAGCGACAGUCCGAUGUUCGAGGAUAGUGAGAUGGCGCACAACACGACCGUCCAGUUGGGUGGCACCGCAUUUCUGGUUUGCAAAGUGUCCGGCGUGGAUAGAGUGGGUGUAAAUUGGAAUCAAAUUUCUUGGAUACGUCGACGCGACUGGCACAUCCUUUCGUCCGGCGCUCAACUCUACACCAACGACGAACGCUUCGCGAUACUGCACGCGCCCGGCUCCAACAUGUGGACGUUGCAGAUAAAGUUCGUGCAGCGGCGAGAUCACGGCAUGUACGAGUGUCAGGUAUCAACGCCGACAGGCAUCAUUUCGCAUUUUGUGAAUCUGCAAGUGGUCGUACCCGAGGCAUUUAUACUGGGCUCCGGUGAGCUGCACGUCGACAUGGGAUCCACAAUAAAUCUCGUCUGCAUAAUUGAAAAGAGUCCAACUCCACCACAGUAUGUGUAUUGGCAGAAAAACGAUCGCCUUAUUAACUAUUACGACACGAGGCGUGACAUUUCAAUCGAGACCACACCCGGACCACGUACACAAAGUCGCCUCAUCAUAAGAGAGCCACAAAUCACCGAUUCGGGAAAUUACACAUGCUCGGCCAGCAAUACGGAGCCAGCGAGCAUUUACGUUUUCGUGUCAAAAGGCGAUAAUAUGGCGGCUAUAUCACGAAAGACUUCCUCGGCCGAUCGGAUUGCAGCGAUAUUCAAAUAUCUUUUGGCUCCUUGUGUGCUGGUGAAUACGCUGGGUAUAAGGCGCAUUUUUUUAACCUAAGACUUAAAUUAAACAUAACGAAUAAAUUAUAAAUAAUCCUAUUUAAGAUAUUUUCAAUUUAGAACCAACAAAAAAAUGCAGAAAAAUAUGGAAAAAAACUAUCUUAAAAUAGCAGUAAACUAUAAAUUUUAGCACAAUUUAAAUAUGUAUUAUUUAUUAAUGUUCCAAUAAAAAAGUAAGAAAAAAAAACAAAA